AUGGCAGAUGAAGAAACUUUAGUUGAUGCAACUAAUGACGCCACAUUUCCACCUGCUGAUAUAGAUGGAGAAUUAAAUCCUGGCAAAGACAAGGAUUUAUUCAAAGUCGAUUCUGUAUCAUCUCAAGUGGCUAAGUUAUCCUUUGAUGCCAAUUACAUUAUUAUUUUAUUUGACAUGAAGGAACCAAUUAAACCACGCAAGCCAGCAAAAGAGAAGAAGCAAUGUGCAAAGAAGGAUCCAAUGCAAACUCUGAAAACGACCAUCAUAGUUUCAGGGGUGAUUUUGGCUCUGGCUGGUGGAGUUUUUGCGAUCACUAAGAAGAUGAAAGAGAAAUGAAUUUGCUUGAAAUUAAAACAAGCCUUUUUCAUGAGAGUAUUUUGUUCAUCAAUUAGCUAUUACAAUGCAGAGUGUACUUUAUUUCUCUGGAUUUUUUUGUAUGUUUAAAAGCUCAUCUUUAUUUUAUUUUUUUUGUUUUUUAAACUCAUGUUGGAGAAAUUAUAUGUAGUUUUAAUUUAAUUUAUUUAGAAGGUUGCUAAAUGUAUUUUUGGAUGAUAAUUAAUUUACUCCUAUCAUCUUGUUUGUUCAUUAUUUUUAAUAAGAAUGUUCAUUCGAGAAUGGUGGAUUGACUCAGCCAAAUGUAAAAACUAAAUGGCUUGUUUGCCAAAAACAAAAACAAAACACAAAUUCAUCCUAAUAUGCAUGAUAAAGCAUCAUUCCAAAUAUGAGUUUUUCUUUUCAAAAUUUGUUACCAUUCAAUACCUCUUCUGAAUUAGUAGUGAAAAACAAUAAAUAUAUAUGUGUGAGGGAAAGAAUUUACAUGAGAAAAUAUAAGUAUUACCAUGCAUAUUUACAUAAGACUUUAAUAACAAAACUACCUAUAAAAUUCAUUACAUGUACUAUCAUU